AUGGAGGCCGUUGCGAAUGCUCUUAAUCUCGAUUUUGAUUUUUUCGAGGCUAUUUCCAAAGACGACUAUAAAACUCUCAACGAAUAUGAAAGUGACCUGGCACCUCCUCAAAAAGCUUGCUACGUCAGUCAUUAUAAAGUUUGGCAAUUAGUAGCCCAACGUAAUUCAAGUGCAUUAAUUUUAGAAGAUGAUGUAGAUUUCGAAAUGAACAUAUCGUCAGUAAUGUUAGAAAUUCUUCGUAUAUUACCUGCUGAUUGGGAAAUGUUAUAUCUUGGACAUUGUAGUCAAGAAGAUUUUGGUGAACCUUUGGGCGAAUCGAGUGGCUUUAAAUUAUUUAAAUCAACAAGACCGUCUUGUACACAUGCUUACGCUGUUUCGUCAUCGGGUGCCGCCAAGUUAUUAGAAUUACUUGUCAAUCCAAAAAUGCCGGUCGAUGUGGAGUUGGUCUUUAAUAUUGAACCAGGAAAAAUCAUCUCCUAUAGUAUUGAGCCACCGCUUAUUGCGCAAUGGAAAUCCCCUGACAACCCAUCGGAUAUUUCCCCCGGAGCAAUGGACGAAAUGCAACAUUUGCAAAAUUCUACAUUACAUUAUCUUGGGUUAAGUUAA